AUGAAGUUCCUUGGCAUUCUUUCUUCUUUGGUGGUGCUGGCUGACAACGUGCUCGCCGCCUCCCGCACAUCACCACCUUCGGGUUCAAUCGUUGUGGCCAAGUCUGGUGGCCAGUACACCUCUCUCCAAGCUGCCAUCAACUCCAUCUCAACCAGCUCGACUGCCACAAGCACCAUCUUCAUCCAGCCCGGCACUUACUCUGGUCAAGUUUCCAUCCCCAGCUUGAAGGGGAAACUCGUGGUCUACGCCUAUACCACCAAUGAUCAGGAUUACACCAAGAACCAGGUCAUUUUGACCAACACCUUGUCUGCUGCGGACGCUGGAAGCAACGAUCUCUCAGCCACGCUUCGCGUCGCGACCAACUACUUCAGCCUCUACAACGUCAACGUCAUCAACGGCUACGGGAAGGGCUCUCAAGCCCUGGCCAUCUCCGCCAACGGCCAGUACCAGGGCUACUACGGCUGCAGCUUCGUCGGCUACCAGGACACCGUCUACACCAACAAGCCUCACCAAGUCUACAAGAACAGCUACAUCGAGGGUGCAACUGAUUUCAUCUUCGGCAACGACGGUAAUGCAUGGUUCGAGAAGUGCACUAUUGCGAUCAACGGAGCCGGCUACAUCACCGCCAGCGGUCGCGACAGCGCUGAUUCUUACUGGUACGUCAUCAACAAGGCCACGAUUGCUGCCAAGUCGGGCGCUGGUGUUUCCAAGGAGUCGACCGUCCUCGGCCGUCCGUGGAGGGAGUAUGCUCGCGUCGUCGUCCAGAACUCGCAACUCAGCGACGUCGUGAAGCCGGUUGGAUGGUCUGCUUGGGGCACGAACCCGACCGCAAAUGUCUACUACGCCGAAUAUGGUAACACUGGAACUGGGGCUAGCGGAACUCGGGUCAGUUGGGCAAAGAAGCUUUCCAGCGCCGUCACCAUCGAUUCGGUUCUUCCGGGAUACACAUCAUGGGUUGACAUGACAUACUGGAACUCGUCUUAA